GGCGUGAAAGUCGAAAUACCGAACAAAAAAAUUAUAACGUCCAUAAAAUAAAACACGUCCUUAAUCGAAUAUUUUAAGGAAUAUACUAUACAUAGACCUACCAUACCAUACCGUAGCCAUAUAACAACGAAUAAAAAUAUGUGAUUUUGUUUACUUAAACUUAAGCUCUCUCACAAAAAUAUACGAAAUUAAAAUACGUGUUUGAGUUACAAAAUCGAAGACGGAAAAAUAAGAAAACAACAAAAUACCUACCUACCUAAAAUCAAUUUUAAUGAACGGCGAGCAAUAAUAUAAUUUUUACCGGGUGCGUGAUGAAGACAAUCUGAUAGAGCAAUUUUUGUUGUUUUUAUAGCCUUUGUCGACCCUUAAUCCUCAUAAAACGGCCAUAGCUCCUGCCUGUAUUUACUUAAAGCUAAACUCGGUUGCAAAGUGUAAAAGUCACAACCUUAAGGUAACAGCAGCGCUACUGAUGAAUCAAGUCAUUUCGGUCACGAUUCGUGUGUUUUUUUGUGCGUGUCCUUGAAGCCUCCUGCACUAUAACCUACUACGUAUUAAAUUUCAACAUUAAAGUGUCCAUUUGAAAAAAAAAAUACAUACCUGCUCCUGCUUCCAUAUCAUCACGUGAAGUGAAGCAUUGUAAACUCCAUAAAUAUACACUAAGUUGUAAUUUAACUACUUACCAAUCCAACAAGGCAGAAGGAUAUUCACCGCUGACGCUGCGCUGGCUGGUUGGUGGAGGAUAUACAUUUUACUACCAUGACAUUGCCAACGAAGCCGCACAACGAAUAUAGGUCAUCAAAACAAAACGAAAAGUAGUGUAGCUAUAUUUUUUUUAGCCCGCUACGAGCUACAACUUCAACUACAAAUCAACUUCCUACAUGUAGUAGGUAUAUCGAUAUGCACAGCACACUCAUUCAGAGGUCCUUGUGAUUCAAAUGUGAAACUUUGCAUUCCGCGACUCUUGACCUCUUUUCUCUAUUUUCAUUUUUCCAAUUUCCCUCGGUAAUUGUUGUUGCAAUAGUUUCGAACGUAAUUCUUCAUACUUUUCUUGGUGUUCCUGUACAUGUCCUUACUCACGCUGCUCUGCUGUACGGGGUUAUACGAGUUACCUUAUGUCUUUUGGGUUAUCUGUUACGUGUUUGAUUCGGGUGCAUUCAAGAGUGUUAAACUACUAUCAUCUGACUAGGGCUGUAGCGCAGCUUGAAAGUGGAGAAGAAAAAGAAGAUGCUGUGCUUUAAUCUCAAAUUGGCUACCAUUUUUCGAUCGUAUCGUGAGGAGUCGGUACGUGACCGUAGUCAAAGUUUAUGUGCACCUCAGAAUCGGGCCCCACCAAAUAAGGAUAUCGGUGCAUUGAGAGUUCUUCAGCGUCGAGCUUCGAGUGUGAUCUCUUCAGCAACUGAAUUGAUUUCAAGGCGAGGAGUAUUUGCACGUCAUCAUUAUGGAUCUGUUGACCAGCUGCCACAAUCGGAACUUGAUGGAUUCGAUCCGAAUUUCAAAAGAUUUCGAAUUGAAAAUGGAGAAUCUCUUGCAGAAAAGGAUGAGGUAUUUGGUUCGCCGAGCACACCAAUCCUUGAAAAUCCUGAACAUCAGACAAGAUGGUAUUUCAAAUACUUUUUGGGCAAACUUCAUCAAAACUAUGUUGGGUUAGAUGUGGAAAAAAACCCAUACUUUUUAUCGGUCGUAUCACAGGAAUCUGGAAAUCAAGGUUCACCAUUGAAUAGGGCGAUUUUAUUUAGGAAACAGGGUGCACAAAAGAUUGCCUUGCCAUGCAGUGCUGGGCAAAAAUUGACAGUCAAGCAGAUUUUGGCCCACUUCUCAGGCAUAGAUGCUUCAACCAAAAACCCCAAGGAAAUAUACUCAGCCGAUAUACAAAAGGACUUGCUGUUGCUGGAGGAGCAAGAGGGUUCGGUUAAUUUCAAAUUCGGAGUGGUUUAUAUGCGACAAGGACAAGAGUGUGACGAUGAGAUGCUCAGCAAUGAGGAUUCCAGUCAAGAUUUCGAAGAAUUCCUUGAUGUGUUGGGGGAGCGUGUUCGACUGAAGGGAUGGGAUCGCUUCCGAGGUGGCUUGGAUGUGAAAGGUGAUAUGACAGGAAAAUAUUCAGUGUACACACUAUACGAAGGACAUGAAAUAAUGUUUCAUGUGUCGACAUUGCUGCCUUUUUCCCGGGAUAAUCGACAACAGGUGGAACGGAAACGUCAUAUUGGAAAUGAUAUUGUUAAUAUUGUUUUUAUCGAUCAGAAUGCCAAUAAUACUGAUAAAAUUUUACCAACAAGUUUUGACCCUAUGUGGAUUAAAAGCCAAUUUACUCAUAUUUUCGCUGUUGUGACUAAAGUAGAGAACACUUAUCGUUUAGCUAUUUUCUGUGAUGAAACUGUACCUCCGUUUGGACCAACUUUACCGGAUCCACCUGAAUUUUCUGAUGUUUUUAUGUUUCGUGAAUUUCUCCUUGUAAAAUUGAUAAAUGCUGAAAAAGCUACUUUCCAAACACCAACUUUCUCCCAAAAACGUGAGCGUACUCUUGAAAUGCUUAUUAAGGAUCUUCACGAAGAGUAUGUCCACGACAGCAAAUUGAACAUGUUAAAUAGACGAGCCUUCUCUGAAGUGCUGUACGACGUGCCACGUGCUUCAAAACUCAAAGAGGACGCAAGACAAAUUGAAUUUGUUAGAAUUGGACAGGCGCUCAAAUUGGAAGCUAUCGUGCGUGGUGAUGCCCCCACGAGCAUAGCAUCAGCUAGUCCUUGUACCAUAUUCAAAAAACCACCAUGGGAGCCACAAUGUUUUUAUCCAGCAUUUCAACAUCGAGGAACCCUGGCAGGAGAUUCAUUUAAUCAUGAUAGUAUAUUCAUAGCCACCGAUGAUGGUACUUUUCUUAUAAAGGAUGACCAAUCGCUGCAGCUGGUAUUUGAUAAGACAUUUUUUGUGAAGCAAUUGAGUGUGCUGGAAGAACAUGGGUUGCUGAUAAUUCGUGGCGGAUCUGCUACAAACCGGGAUUCUAAUCGAAUUCAUGUUUUUCGAUUAAGAGAAUUCAAGGACGAAGCUAUUAGAAUUAGGGGUCGAAAUGAAGUUAAGGACAGACGUAUAGAACGCUCAAGAGGGUGCCAUUUGUAUGCAAGUUCUAAAAUCAAUGGUGGGCAUCUGCGUUUGGUGGUGGCUGUGGGCAAGAAGCUCCAGCUAUUUCAGUGGAAGCACACUGCAGCAUGGGCAUCGUGGUGCGCGGAAAGUGAUACGGAGACAGUGGAUGGAUUUAUUUUCCAGAAGGAGAUUCAACUAUGUGAAACACCGGCUAUAAUGACACUGCUCGAAGGCCCCACGAACACAAAUGCUGGAGGUCUAAUUUGUGUUGGAUACAGGUAUUACUAUGAAGUUGUCUGUGAUCAGACUGGAUCAGCAACACGUCUCUUUGAAGUUGACGCAUCCAAACGAAAUCAAACGCAACUAAAUGCAGCAAUCGAACUAUGUGAUGGUCAGGAAACGGAGCUUUUACUGUGUUAUAAUCAUACUUGUCAUUUUCAAAAAUUGAAUAAGGACACAACGUCCACAGAAUUUGAUUUUCAUUGGAAUACAUCGCCCACAUCUAUUGUCUGUGCUUUUCCCUACAUUUUCGGAUUCACUUCUGACUCAAUUGAGAUUCGAUUGUUGGUCAAUGGAAAUUUGGUGCACACGGCCAUAAUGCCAGAACUUCAGCUGAUCACAUCGAAACGUGAUAUCUAUUUUGUUACAACUGCACCGGAAUUUAUAUCCAAGGAUUUGAACAUCAAAGGACUGCAGAUAAAUGAACACACUCCUGAGCGAAAGGUUAAGAAAACUCCAAGUGAUACGUCAUCCAGUGAGGAACUAUCGCGCACCCCUGAGCGGAAGAAUUUCGUUGAAAUUCCCAUAAAUCCUGAGAAUGAGCUUCAAACCCUUCUGGCUCUUCCAGUUAGGUGUGAUGGUGGAAACCCAUCGAUACAGCGAGCAAGAUCACUCCAAAAAACGAACAACGUCAACGAAGAUCAAAAGCCCAUAAUAGCCAAGAGUAAUUCAUGUGGGGAUCCGUAUCGAUCGGACAAUGGUAAGGACAAGGAACCAAGUGUCCCUCCGAACUCGCCUCGAAGUCAGCAACAAACCCAACAGCAGCAGAAAUGUGGUUCCCCAAUGUCUCCCACCAAGCGAAACUCCAAGUAUAGGAACCUCUUCACAAGCAGCUCAGGCGACACCUCCUUCAGUUCGCCCGAUCGACUGAAACCCCUGCGCAUCUAUCGAAUACCCUUGUCUAAAUUAACUGGCACCCAUUCACACUUUCAUGCACAUUCCUUCAGCACUUCAACAUCAUCCUCUGGCUCGUCAGCUGCAACUGCAACAACAACAACUUUCAAGCACUCGAUAGAUGUCCCUACAAUUGCGAGUCGUUCCUAUGAAUGACAUCCGAAUGUGCUUGAAUUUGGCAAUAAUUUAACUGAAUUAAAAGUCAAUGGCAAGGGAAUUGAUACGAACGAAAACUCGACGAAUGACUCAGAGACAGUGCUGUGCAAUAAUAUGUGUAAUUCGAUUGAUUUUCAAUAUUUGAUCUCACAACAACUUAUGAGGUUUCAACAAAACAAAAGCAGACAAAACUGAAUUGAAAAUUAAAAAAAAAAUACCCAACCUUAAAAAUUUAUAAGCUAUAUAGGGACUGCAAAAUAUACUUUUCUUAUAGAACAACAACAAAACAAAAAAACUUUCUAUUGCUAUUUUUAAAAUAUAAAAGUGUUGAAAUUUUUCUUAGAGAAAAGAUAAGACAUGAACGUGACAUUUUUGACAACAUGACUGCAGAAUUUAGCAUUGUAUUUGUGUCAUUUUCUAACUGUAAAUUACUACCUAUACGAGUAUAUAUCAAACUACUUUCAUUUAUGUUUCACAUUGUCUGUAUAUUAUUUUCAUUUUCACAUUUGUAUGCAUUCAAAAUAUAUAGCCAGUCUUUCUUAAAUCACAAAAUCGCUGUUUAUAAUGUCUUGAAUUUUAGACUAUGUUGUUUCAAAACAUUUAAAAAAAAACAACAACAUUUUGUGAUCUUAAAAAACUUAGUUUGACUGUUCUAUUUACAUCUACAAUACAUACAUACAUCUAUGGAUUAGAUACUCUUUCUGUGUUCUGUAAAAUUAACAUCAAAAUAUUUAAGAAGAAAAUAACUGUGUUUACAUAAUAUAUUAUAUUAUUAACAUAUUAUAUAUAAUUAUAAAGAAAACAAAAUAAAAGUAAAUUAUAUAUUAAAAGAAAAUGUUAUACCACUAAAAAAUUUAUAUAAAUGUAUGUUU